AUAUUUUAUUAAGUAUUUUGUCAAACGAAACAAUUAACACACAAUUUUUAUAUUUCGAACACAAUUUAUUUAGUAUUUACACAUCUACAAAUUUUGUUAAAAAUAUUUUUCUUUAAAUGAGUGAAAGACGAAAUGACUUCUUACGCACAGUUGUCAAACCAACUGAAUCCUCGGGUUAUAUGCAAGAUGGCCAUCAAUCAAAGAUUCAACAACAAAGAUAUAUCGAAAACAGAAAACAGAAUUUCGAUCCGCGAUAUGGAGACCAAAUGAAAUAUAUCGAAGAAACAAUGAACCAUCGAAGUUGCUACAAUAACAUUCAGGAAAAUAAUCAUUAUCGUGACUUUCAACAACUUCAGCAGGAGGCAAAUCGAGGAGGUGGAGGUGAUUAUAGAGACAAUCCGAGUGUAAGCAAACAAAACUACUUCCAGGAUGAAUACCCCCAACAUAAGAAGUCACAAACUGACUUUAAGGACAUUAAGUCAGACGAAACAUUUUUUCCGGGACUCAGUGAUCGCAGUGAUAGCACUAAGCAAACCGCUAUCAAAAAGCAAAUUACCAACAGAAAACAAUUGUAUGAUUUAGUGGGAUCGAAGGCAAGUUUGCAUAAAGAUAUCGAUGAAUCCAUCACAAAUGUUAACAACCACGCUACGAAAACUUAUAGACGACCUGAAAAACCACUAAAUUCAAAGUUACAAUAUUCGGUAAGUGAGGAAGAUCUGCUACCAUGCUCGACAUGUCAAUCUGCUGAAUUGAUCAAUGAGAAAUUUAUCCAUCCGAUGAUAAAGAAGUUUCGUUUGCUGUAUUUGCAUAAUAUCAAGGAAGAAGUUGGAAUUAUGGAAGACUUGGAGACUCUGCCAAAUAAGUUGGCUAAAUUUUGUCAGGAAAUGGAAAAUAACUUAUAGAGCAACCUCUAUUGAGCAAUUUAAAAUAAUUAAAUUCAAAAUAGACGUUAUAUUUAAGGGAAAUGGAUUUUGGUUUAAAUAAAUCAUAGUUUUGCAGAUACAAAA